GCGGAGCGCGGAAUUGUGGGAAGUGUGGUGGUGACAAACGAGUGUGUUCGUCUUUGAAACUCGCUGUUUUUGGGAAUGAAUGAAUUACUAAGCACAGCCAGGUGGAGGCAACAAGAGCCUUGAGCCGGACCGUCCUCCCGACUCGUCGAGGCCGCUCGUCAGGUUGACAGGAAGAAGCGAAACAAACCGCCGGAUUACGUGCAGCACCAAUUACCUUCCCGGACUAUGAAAAUGGUGUUGUCCCAAAGGCAGAGGGAAGAGCUCAACAAGGCGAUUGCCGAUUAUAUGGCAUCCAAUGGGUUCAUGGAAGCCCUUGAAGCCUUCAAGAAGGAGACAGACAUGCCUGGCGACAUAGACAAGAAGUACGCCGGCCUUCUCGAAAAGAAAUGGACGUCUGUAAUCAGGUUGCAGAAGAAGGUGAUGGAACUGGAGAGUAGACUGGCAGAGGCCGAGAAAGAGUACAUUUCGGGCGCACCCACACGGGAAAAGCGGUCCCCUACAGAAUGGAUUCCCAGGCCUCCCGAGCGGCAUGCCCUCACGGGCCACCGGUCACCAGUCACUCGGGUGGCCUUCCACCCUGUCUACAGUGUGGUUGUCUCCGCCUCAGAAGACGCCUCUAUCAAGGUCUGGGAUUACGAGACUGGAGACUUCGAACGAACGCUGAAGGGCCACACGGACUCCGUGCAAGACUUGGGGUUUGACCACACUGGGAAGUUUCUAGUGUCCUGUUCAGCAGACAUGACCAUCAAAUUGUGGGAUUUCCAGACAUACGAGUGUAUUCGUACAAUGCACGGACACGACCACAACGUGUCGUCAGUGUCCUUCCUGCCGAGCGGGGACCACGUGGUGUCCUGCUCGAGAGACAAGACCAUCAAGAUGUGGGAGGUAUCCACGGGGUACUGUGUCAAGACGUUCACAGGCCAUCGGGAGUGGGUGCGCAUGGUCAGAGUCAACUCCGAUGGCUCCCUCUUGGCCAGUUGUUCUAAUGACCAGACGGUUCGUGUGUGGGUGGUAGGCACCAAGGAGUGCAAGCUGGAGCUUCGGGAGCACGACCACGUGGUGGAGUGCAUCGCGUGGGCACCCGAGAGUGCCCAUCCGCACCUGGGGGGCAACGGCAGCGGAGACAGCAACCGGCGGCCAGCUGGCAGUGGCGCAGGCCGGGCCCAGGGCACUGGACCCUUCCUGGCCUCGGGCUCGCGGGACAAAACCAUCAAGCUGUGGGACGUCAGCACGGGCCUGGCCGUCUUCACCCUGGUGGGCCACGACAACUGGGUGCGUGGUGUCAAGUUCCACCCCGGUGGCAAAUACCUGCUGAGCUGCUCAGACGACAAGACGUUGCGUGUCUGGGAGCUGGCACACCAGCGAUGCUGCAAGACCCUGGAGGCCCACUCGCACUUCUGCACAUCGCUGGAUUUCCACCGCACAGCGCCGUACGUAGUGACGGGCAGCGUCGACCAGUCAGUCAAGGUGUGGGAGUGCCGCUAGACGCCACUGACCGCUGCGAGCAUUCACGGUGGCGCCCUGCUGGCCGAGGACCGACGACCGCAGCAGCAGCAGUCCCUCCUGCAGACAAAGCCUUGGCAGUGACUCAGCUCAUGCUUCCAGAGUCUCUCCAACUGCUGCACUGCAUCCAGGCAAAUUUUUUUUUUUGUUGCCCCGACGUUGACUUCAACAGUCCUGCUGCCAUCGCUGCCGCUGCUACCAACACAACCCCACUCCUUGACAGUUCUUGCUGCGGAUCGUUGUGCACCGGCUGCACUGUUGCUGCUCCCGCUACCGCUGCCGCAACGCUGCAUUGUUUACAUACGAGCCACUGCCCGAUGCACCACCAAGUGGCUCAGGAAUGCAGGAUUCUUGCCUACGUUUCAAGUGGACGCCAUGUUUGGUGCAGAGGGUGGUGCCUGUCUGGAACUUUUUUUUUUUUUUUUUACCAAUUUUGCCAACCCGAGAGCACAUGUGCCUAUGUAUGUUAAUUUCCUAAGUUGUAGGCAUCCUGGGAACUUUUUGUGGGAAGGGUGACCCAGACUGUUUGGUGUUGUGAUGUCUUUGGUGACCGAAAGGGUGGAUAGCGGCAAAAAGGGUUAGACAUCACCACCUCGGUGAAACUUCAGUGCACAGUUUGGAGGAUUUCCAAAACAUUGCUGUACUCUUUCGGGGUAACAUGGAAAGAGACCACAUGUUUCUGGUGGAAAGAGACCACAUGUUUGUUUUGUUUGGUUGUGCGAUUGUCACUGGCUGCUCGUAGUGCGGCUGACUGAGCAGUGAGAUAAAGCUUGUGGCUAUUGAUUCAGCCCGUGGCACGUGCCAGCCAUGCGAAAAACUUCCAGGGUGCUGGAUGAAGCGAUGUUUGUGCUACAAAAAAAUCUCUCAAUGCGGAGGAGUUCGUAUCAUUGCCAAUGCGACAGGCUGGUUUGAAAAAGAUGUGGUGCUUCUGGCUGUUAAGGUUUAUAGAGCUUGAUUGAAAAAAUCAGUACCAAACUGCGAAGAAAACCCAGUGAAUUAGGCUGUGGACACUUCUCACAAAUUGGAAAGGGAAGUUUAAAAAAAGAAAUUGAUGGACACUAUUUAGUGAAAUGCUAAGUGUCUGAUUCAGUCCUCUUUUUAUGAAUAUGCGCAGAAUGAGGGGGUAUGGAUGUAUUGCUACACAUUAUUAGUGACAACCAAUAUAGAUUUUUUCGCUAGGUGACCUUCUUGCAGAACAGGUUUUCUUGUGUGGUGUGCAGAGGAUAGGCAUUGUUUUUGGCUGUUUUUUUUUUUUUCAGUACUGUUUCUAUUUAAUUGCCUCAAGUGACCCCAAUUGAAUCCACAUUUCAGUACACUCUAUUCCGAUUUUUUUUUUUUUCAGCUCUGCUAUAAAAAAAUGCAUCCGUUGUUCUCUCCACUGAACUGAUUGGGGCUAGGUGGGCGCGUCUUGUUUUUAAUCCAUAGCUUUUGAAGAAUUGUAAAUACAUGUUUCUUUUGUUUUCUUUGAGCCCCAGCAGAAAGGGAAUGUAAUAAACGAUGUGGUCCGCUAUUUGUGUGCAUGCUCCUUGCGUCCUGCAUUAUUCCUCCCUGUGAAUGUUCUCAAAGAAAACUGCGUUUAUGCGAGCACUUAAACUAAUGCGCGUUUUAUUCUCUUUUUUUUUUCAAUUGUUCAACUGCAAAGACUUUUGCAAAAGGUAACAGGUCUAGCCAGUUACUGCUGCGAUACAAGGUUGAAGUAAAGUCAGCCUGUGGUUUCUAUUGCAUCUUAUAUAUUUUAGUGGUGCCAUCGUAAUGAGAGUGUGAGGAAUGUUCAUCGGGUUUUCUGAAGCUGUAUUGUAGUGCCGUGAAUUGACGAUUGAGCACCAUUGAUUUACUUCAUGGGCUGUUUUUUAUUUCAUCAGAUGUGCUUGCCGCUGUUCUAAUGCAUGCAAUGAUUGAAAAGAAAGGUGUUUUUAAUCUAAUGUUUGCAGCCACUGGUGGUUUCGUGGGCUUGCUGGGGCAGAAAAGGGGGUUCGUAGCAAACGGUGCAGCGUUAAUGGAGCUUGCUGAUCCUGAUCAGAGGAUGGAAACACAUUCGCGGCUUUUUUCGAGAGGUGCUCCGACAAUUUAAAUGAGCGUACACUGUUAUGCACGGAACUUCAAUGCUCAUUCAGGCGGGCAAAUAUAAUUACGGCGACUUUUCAAAGUUGGCGACAUUGGCUGGAUGUUGCGCUCUCAGCUUUUGUGUGCGGGAACCUCUCACACGAAAUGCUCCUUCGAAUGUUGUGGCAAGCGUGACGAUACAGCUUUUAGUGCAAAGUGGCGCUUUUUGAACCCUGCUGCCAUUAUGUGCGGCACAAAAAAAAAUGGAAACAAAAGUGACACUGUAGGGUGGGCAAGAGUCUGUGCCCUUCGCUUGUUUGACAUUUGCCGCGAGAUGCAUAGUCUUACUGUAAACUCACAUUUGCACUGGGCGCUUCCGUCAAGUGACUUGCAAAGUUUUAACUUUUGACACACCGUAUUUUUUCAUUUCCAUAUUGGCACUGUCUUCUUGGAACCCUCUAUAUACAGAACCAGUCAUCUUGAGACUUGAGGGGUUUCUGAACUGCUUUUAUUGCUUUCAGUCUCUGGUCGUGGCAAACUGGCCAAUACGGCUGCUGCAUGGGCUAGUGUUCAGCCCUUCACUUUAGGACACAGUAGGAGUGUGUGUGCGUGUGUGUGCUGCCGAAUCCUAUGUGUAUACUACAUACGCCUCCAGAUAUAUAUUUAUAGGGAUGCUCGUGAGCGAAGGCAUGCGGGUUAAUUGUAUAACUGUUUGUGAGGCAUUCCAGUUUGUUCAUCUGUGUUUGUGGAACGCUGCUGCCCUCUGAGAUGUGGUCGCGUGAGUUGAGAACAUUGGCUCUCGUCUUUCUUAUCUCAUUAGAACGCAUCUGGCGGCUGCCAGCUAAGCUUUACAUCUGAAAAUCAAAAAAGUCACGGUCACCGUUUGGGCAAUUACAGACAGUUAUACAAUGCCCAGUAUACAUAGAAAGUUCUGCUCUGCUAUUUUGGGAGCCAUUGGACACCUUUGUUAUAUAUUUUAGAAUCCUUUCUCAUGGUGCCUUUGUUUUGCCAUUAAGAGUUUUUUUAUUGUGCCACUCUUUUCUUGUACAGUACUUAUAUAUGUGUACAUGUGGCUAUGUUGACCUAGUGUUCUUUUUCUGGUUUCCUCAUGUCGACACUCUGUUGUGAGGUUUUUUGUGAUGCCCUUCUUCAUAUUAAGUGCAAUUCGCCUCCCUUAUUUUUCUUGGACAAAGCGUGGCGGCGGGUGUCGUUCAUUGGCUUCUCUAUUGCACCGCCUGCCUCGUCUUCGUACCAUUGAAUGUCGCUGCUGUACCGCUGGAUGUAGGAAAGCUGAAUAAACAAAUUAAGAUGCACUGAC